UUCUUCUCCGGGUUCGACUUCCUCUUCAUUUACGGCGAGUCGUCUGGCGAGGCGGCGACGGAAGUGCGAUCCAGCCCUCCCUCGCCGUUGGCUACCGGAAUGGCCGGGACGGCCUCCGUGGAGCGCGUGAGGGACCGCGCCACCGGCCUCGAGAAGUUCGUCCUCCGCGAGGCCCGAGGCAGCUCCGUCGAGGUAUAUUUAUACGGAGGCCAAGUGACGUUUUGGAAAAAUAACUCUGGUCAACAACUGCUUUUCGUCAGUAACAAGGCUUAUUUUAAACCGCCAAAAGCAAUUCGUGGUGGCAUCCAAGUUUGCUUCCCUCAAUUAGGUAACCAUGGAGUUCUUGAACAGCAUGGAUUUGCAAGGAACCGAUUUUGGAGCGUUGAUGAAAGUCCUCCUCCUUUUCCAGUUGCUACUUCUAACUGUCAUAUCAACUUGAUACUCAAGCCGUCUCAAGAGGAUUGUAAAGUCUGGCCACAUAGUUAUGAAUUUCGUCUGAGAGUUGCUCUUAGUCCAAGGGGAGAUCUUAUUCUCACAUCUCGAAUAAAAAAUACCAACUCAGAUGGCAAGCCGUUCCAAUUUACAUUUGCAUAUCAUACAUACUUUUCAGUAUCUGAUAUCAGUGAAGUGCGGGUUGAAGGUUUGGAGACCUUGGACUAUUUUGACAACCUGCAAUCUAAGACUCGUUGUACUGAACAAGGAGAUGCAGUUGUAUUCGAGUCUGAAGUGGACAAGGUAUAUUUGAGUGCUCCACCGAAGAUUGUGAUCAUUGACCACGAGAAGAAAAGAACAUUUGUUUUGAGGAAAGACGGACUUCCUGAUGUCGUUGUUUGGAACCCUUGGGACAAGAAGGCCAAAGCAAUGAAGGAUUUCGGAGAUGAGGAGUACAAAAACAUGCUAUGUGUAGGGGCUGCAGCUAUUGAGAAGCCAGUUACUUUAAGGCCUGGUGAAGAGUGGCAAGGAAGGCAGGAAAUUUCUGCCGUGCCAUCCAGUUACAGCAGUGGACAAUUGGAUCCUGAAUUAAUUUGUCGGAUGCAAACAAUCUAAGUUUCUCUAUUAUUGCCUCCUAUGAAGACUCGUGGCGCCAUAUAAUUUGAUAAUUUGGAUUUUGUCUGUGGACUUUCAAGCUUUUUUGCUUUCUUUUCCAAUUCCAAUGUAGCGUGUGGUUUUUCUGGAGCAACAUUGGAAUUGAAAAUACCACCCGGUUAAUAUUAGAAAAGAUGGACAAUUUUCACCCUUACUUGGUAGCAGAGGUAUCAUUCGUAACAAAUAUCCUAUACCAUAUGAUUGUAUUGUAUUAUAAAAAGGAGCCCGAGUUGGUGCUGCGUGGCAAACAAAAAAUUGUAUGAUAUUAAUUGAAUUGUAUUGUAUAUUGUAUGCGUCACACAUUCCUUUCAGUGUUAUCUGGGGAAAAUGGGUCAUAGAGCUGCUGUAUUCAGACUUUG